GUGGUCCAGUGACAAUUCGUAGCUGCACGCAGCGAUGACACGUAUGUAUACCUGGUAUAUCUAUAACCAAAUGAGCCGACUAGGAGGAGAUGUGUCAAUGAUUUUGUUCAACGAUACUCUCGACAAAACAAUCACCGAUAGUUGAAAACAAUCCAACAUUCAUUUCAAAAUACCAUCACUCAUGACGACCAAGCGUGGCGCAUUGUUGGUCUUAGAAGGAUGCGACAGAGCUGGAAAAUCUACGCAAGUCCAAAAAUUGGUCACGGAGUUGAACGCACGUGGAAUAUCAGCCGAAGUUCGGAGGUUUCCCGACAGAACCACCGAAGUUGGUAAGAUUAUAGACAAAUAUCUGUCACGAGUAGUGGACCUUCCUCCAGAGACUGUUCACCUCCUAUUUUCAUCAAACAGAUGGGAGAAGUAUACAGAAAUGAGAAAAACCAUCCUCUCUGGCACCACACUGGUCGUCGAUAGGUACGCUGCCUCUGGAGCUGCUUAUACUGCAGCAACAACGGGGAAAGAUCUCUCCUGGUGCAAGGAACCUGACCGAGGGCUUGCAAAACCUGAUUUAGUAGCUCUCCUUGAAAUUAGUGAGGAUGUACAGGCAUCACGUGCCAACUGGGGAAGCGAGCGAUUUGAACGUAGUGAGCUGCAGCAAAAGGUUAGCUCCAGUCUUCAUCAGUUAAUGGACGAGAGCUGGGUAACCGUCGAUGCUAAUGAUGAUAUUGAUAAAGUACAUGCAAAGUUGUUGGCUCUGGCUCUCUCUGCGAUAGAGAUGGUAAAAGAUAAACCUUUAGGAGAGCUUUACGAUUCUAAGCCACUUUGAUGAAGUUUGCAUUCGAAAAAUACUGUAUAGAUUUCCAAUUUAUUUGUCUAGACUCACAUAGAUGGGACAGAAAAUUUUUUUGCACACUGAACCAAAUUGACAGAUGACUUGAUAAGUUUAUUUCCUGAUCCGUACUACUCUGGGCACAUUAUAGGUCUUAUCAUGACUCAAUAUUGAUCACAGUGACAACUGAUAGUUAUUUUAUGCUCUGUAAAGUCAUCAGCAAAAGGAUGUGUAGUGUGUUAUAUACCAGUUCACAAUUACCAAUGGGUGAAUGUUUUCCUACUCGUAUGUGAUUUUUCAAACUUCACUCGCGUCAUUAAUAUGCUUAGAAAUUCUGCAGGAAGUCCUUGCAAUAUCCUCGAUUCCAUUUCUCCCUGAAACUGAAUAUUAUAGAAAUAUUGCACGAAUUGACGUCUUCGACAUCCAUAAAAAAUUUUUCCUUAUUUAUCAGUCAUCCAAUAAAAUUCUGAACCGAUCUUUCAAAGUUGUAGAAUAGCAUAUUUUGUGAUAUUAGCAUUGCUUUCAUGUGCGUGUCAGCACUUUGUUCUUACUGCAACUAUUCUGAAGGGAAAGCCUAAGUUAACUUUGUACCUCAUCGUGACUGUUGUAAUAGCUGCCAACGGAAAUUGUCUAAAAUCAAUUAUACCCAAUGAUCAAGCGUUCUGCAGACAUUCCGAUAUUUCUCCAACGAUUGUAGAAAGUUGAAGAAAACAUUACCCGACUUGUUUUUCUGCAAGUUUUUCGAAAAUUUAUUUCAUUGUUUAUAUGGGCCAGUCCACCAAUUGUCAACAAUUGUAGAAAAAUACUAAAGACAAAAUGCGUGCUUACAGUUUAACGUCGGUAACAAGACUGUUUUUGAAAUAAUCUUGAUUGACGCAUCAAGCUUCUUCAUUUCACAACAUAUGAGAGCUCUUAUAUGUCUUUUAUCUAUGAUGAAUACUAGAUCAUUAGAGCAAGACGGAUGAUUUCACCCUUAGUAACAGUAUUAUUAACAGUCCUUUGUCAAUUGAACGUAACUCAUGUGAGAUCCUACGACCGUUCCACUCUGAAAAUUUGAUUUCCUUACUGCAAAAAUCUCAGGUUUCACACGUAAAACUUAAAAGUAAAAUCAAUGUUGGUGGCGCAUGAAAAAAACAGUUUUUCGCCGAAAAAUGUAUUUUUGAGAUAGAUUUAGAAGAGUUAUCCAGAAAUGAAUAACACACUCGGAAAGGUGAGAAUUUUUCACAUAAGACACCCAUUUUUUCAUAAUUUUUUUUUCUGCCGAUAACGAUCUGAAACCCAUUCGUGUUUAAACCUUAAUUAGGUCAAGAUGAUAAACUUUGAUGUGGCAUUUCUCGCGAACGGUAAGUCCGAGAAGGUUCAAACUUGGCGAAAUUUUCAAUCUUAGUACACACUACAAAUUGAUUUUUUGACGUCUCGUUCAUUUGUUGAUAAUUAGUGGACUGGCCCAUAUACAAUCACAUAUGUAUUUACUUUCUUGCAUGCAGCUGCGAUUAAAAUCUCGUGUACCAAUCUAUUAAUUUCCUCUGGUUUGAUUCGACUAUAAUAGACUUGCAAACUCCCAAAAGGAAAGGCAAUCAAUAAAGUACAGAAAGACCAUGAGUAGCUGACCGAUAUUCGAUGAGUUGGUAACUCAAUGCCAAUAACUUUCUCGAUUGUUUUAUCUCAGCGUUUCAAUCCCUUGUCGAUGACAACCGAAUAAGACCUAAUAAUUCACACAUCAUGGGAUUGUAACUUUGCGUAAGGCUCAACUUGGCCAAUUCUUUCCGGCCGCAUUAGCAGUUAAGUCUUGGUCUGAAGAUAAGUCUUGAGCCGUCACGUUUUACGUGGUGUUUGGAUAGGAAUGAGACGAUAUCGCUACUUGAACAUUGGUAUUCAACUUUUUUUGGUACAAAUAUCAUUCAUGUAUCUCCAUUUUUUGGGGCCACAAACCAUUCUCGAAAAUCGAUUAAAUAAGGAUAAUUAGAGAAAUCAGUGAGUGCAGAAAUCGGGUUUUCUUUUGGUGUUAAUUGAGCGAUAGCGAACAAUUCUUCAUAUUUUCUUUUUUUAAACGUUUUACACAAAUUCGAUAUGUCUCAUUCGCAUUAAAAUGGAGAUAUUUCGAGUUCUUUGGCUGUACCUUCAGAACCUGUGGUCUGAUCAACUUCAAACCAGUUCCAAUCGGUUACUCUCGAAAAAAUACGUCGAUCUUAGUGUAAGAAAUAAUAUAUGUCAUUACCGUUAAAUUAUACGUAUGAUGCAAAAAGUGGAGAAACCAACAAUAAUGAAACACGUACUUCCGCCUACAAAGAACCACGUCGUUUUUAUGAAUGGUAUGGCAAAUAGGGAUUAAUAAUGUUGUAGAUACUUUGAGACUAAAUUAUAAUCAUCACAGUGUCAAGAAACACUUGAAAAAACGAAAUAAAAUGAACUAUUUUCCCACCAA